AAAUAUCUUUGGCUCCGCGAUUAUCUGGGCAAAUGUCUGGGGCUCCCGAUGAACCAACAUCUAUGGAAAACCCUUGCGUGGAGUCCGCUGGAGAACCUUAAAAUGGCGGAAAAUCUGGGCAUCAGCUGGCUUUACCGCGAUAUACUCCUUCACCUUGCGGGUCAGUUCCCUUGCUUUACGCAGUCGCAGCGAAACCAGGUAAAAACUUGCCUUAACCCAAGGUCAUUCGCCCUUGUCUGGAAGCUCUCCCUCAGAACCCACCGCCUAAUAGUUGAGUUCAGAGCGCAAGCAAGGGACUGCUACGUCAAGCUGAUGAGGACUGCAAUUGCCUGGAAUGAAAGGGACUUGCAUGGUAACCAUCCGUCCAUCUCAUUAUUGCACACCAGACUUCUUAGCCCCAUUCAUGAAUAUGUCCCGGGGCCAAGAUUGGUGACUGAUCUUGGUUUCGUUAAAGGUCUCCUAGACUCACUAGUAGAGAUAAGGGGACUUCAUCUUCCAUCGUUGUACAGUCAAGCUGUCCGUGAAGACCUGGAUAAAUGUAUCAACUUAGGAACAUGUCUCUAUUCAGGGACUCAAUUCCUGUGCCAGCCUAGGGAAGCGGUUCCUUAUCCCAGCAAUACGCUUCUUCCAGGCGAUCGAUUCCCAUGGGAGCAGAACGAAAUCGAUCUUUUAGAUCCUACACCACGCUCUCGUGAAGGCGUUUGAUAAUAUUACAUAUGUAUUCCGUGGCAGAUUGGCAACUAGAGCACCUGUCCCUCCUCUCACACCCCUCUCGUCCUAACAUAUCACGAGCAAGCAAAAUGCAUAUCCCACCCUUUGGCGUCAGCUGCGGAACAAACCGUUUUGAUUAAUAUAAAACAUGAAUCUUUCUUGUUCUCUAGCACCUCUAUAUGAAGCCUAAGAGAAACAAAUAUUCUGUGCUUGUUAAAGAAAUUUCUUUAUGAUGGAGCAAGCCAGGACAUGACAGCCUACAAAGUUCUACUUACUACAUUCACCAUCCAAGCUCUUAAAGGGAAGAGAGACCGAACUAGAACAGAAUAUUUCGUGUGUUGGUAGACUUUGGUCGUGCUAAGGAUGAGAAAGAACAAAGAUUGUGUAGGAUGCUAGAUAGAUAACACCAGCCUGUAUAAAGCUAGAAGGAACCCAUUGAGC